AUGGGCUUCGUGGAUGUGGUAAUUGUCGGAGCCGGAAUUUCCGGCAUCAACUUCGCUCGACGUCUCCAAGAAUCACACCCAUCACUCUCCUUUGUCAUUUUGGAGGGUCGCAAUUCGAUAGGUGGAACAUGGGAUUUCUUCAAAUACCCCGGCAUACGAUCUGACUCAGACUUAUACACCUUCGGCUUUUCAUGGUAUCCAUGGAGAGAAGAUCGCGCCAUCGCUGACGCUAUGAGCAUUAAACGGUACCUAACCGAGGCAAUCAAUUUUGCAAAUCUCGAUGCACAUAUUCAAUUGUUGCAUAAGGUGGUGAAAGCGGAUUUUAGCGAAGAGAGCGCACAGUGGGAAUUAAAAAUCGAGAAUGAUAGACAUGCGAAGGUUAGUGACGAGAAAGUGGUGCAUUCAGCAUACAAAAUGAGACCUACGAACUGCGACCUAAUCUGUGAACAGUCACUCCGUUGCCGUUACACCAUCUUUGGUACUGGUUACUACGACUAUGAGCAAGCCAUGCCUGCCACAAUCCCGGGUCUGGGCAAUUUCAAGAAAAAAAUUAUACACCCUCAAUUCUGGCCUGAGGACCUAGAUUAUAGGAACAAAAAUGUUGUGAUCAUCGGAUCCGGUGCAACCGCAGUGACAUUACUCCCUAGCCUCGCCAAAAAGGCCAAGCACGUUACCAUGCUCCAGCGCAGUCCGGGCUAUAUCGCGUGUAUGGAUAACACUACUCCGCCCAUCCUCAAGAUGCUUAUGCCUGACAAGCUACUCUAUGUCUUUCUGCGAUGGUGGUUCCUGACGUCCUUGUUCAUGCAUUAUCAAUUUUGCCGAGCCUUUCCAGCGCUAGCCAAGCGGAAUUUGAAGGAGACAAUGGAACACAAGUUGCCACCAAGUAUCCCAGUUGACCCUCAUUUCUCCCCAAGGUAUAAUCCUUGGGAACAACGCCUCUGUCUUAGUCCAGACGGUGAUUUCUUUGACUGUCUUCGAGCUGGAACUGCCUCUAUCUCAACUGGACAGAUCAAAGGCUUUACAGAAAAAGGAAUUUGUCUGCAAAGCGGUGAAACCAUCGAUGAUGUGGAUAUCGUCGUGACGGCAACCGGACUGAGACUGGUGUUUGCGGGAAAGAUUGAGAUCUCCGUGAAUGGUCAAAAUGUUGAUGUAUCGGAAAAGAUCUUGUGGCGAGGUUGCAUGCUGGAGGACGUACCGAACGCGUGUUUCAUCAUGGGAUACACCAAUGCAUCCUGGACAUUGGGUGCUGAUGCAUCGGCUGUUUUAUUUUGCCGUUUAAUGUCUAACAUGGCUUGCUCACAACAGUCUAGUGCCACACCACGCUUUGAGGGAACUGCAAAAGAAAGAGCGGCAAUGAAGACGAGCUCAUUCUUGAAUCUCAAUAGCACCUAUGUGCAAAAGGCCACAGACAGCCUGCCAAAAACAGGUGACACUGGCCCAUGGAAGAUGCGGCGGAACUAUUAUUUCGAUAUCUGCACUGCACGAUGGGCCAACCUGUCUGACGGUAUCUUAUACAGAAAAACUCUUACUGAGAAGAAGAAUCUUUAA